AUGAGUGGUGCGUCGACGUUUAGCUCAAUUUGCUUCGAACGAGGAUGCUGCUGGUUCAAAGGAGAUGGGAAGAUUGAUAAGCGAGCCAAUAGUCUUACUUUGGGGUCCCGCUUCAGAGUUUCAGCCAAUAGCUCUGCUUCAAAGGACAUUCGGAUUGGUCUUUUUGGUGCAAGUGGCUACACUGGAACCAGAUGA